AUGUCACGCUUUGGCGGGUAUAGCUCGGAGGGAUGGGGUAGCGAUUAUUCGGGUCGCGAGCCUGGGUCUCGGAGACAAAAAAUGAUGGGUUAUCUGAAGGCUGCAAAUGAGAUUCGCCAGACAUAUCAAAGUCAAUUGUCUCAAAAAUUGCAAGAGUCCUAUAACGAGAGAGUUGUGGAUGCUCCGGGGGCGUUUCCAGAUGAUGAUGUUACAUCUGGAAAGGAGGAAAUGCUGCUUUUUCCCAGCUAUGCGAAGAGACAUGUGAAGAGGAGCAAAACGAAUGGAAGGUCUGCUCAAUCUCAGCCAUCACCCGGCUCGGAUGAUAGGAUUGGCCAAUCAAGCGCCACUGGUGAUGAAGACUAUUGGCGCGAAGAAUGGGAAAAAUACGAGGAUAAUAAUGCGAUUGUGGAUGUCGAUGUACGAGGAUGGAUAUAUACUCCGCAACAUGGACCUAUGAAUCGUAAGCAACGGCUUAUGGUCGCGCUUGCGAGGAAGUUGAGUGAUAUCCCAGCACCAACCGUCCCUCUCAACCAUCCUGUCGAGCGACAUGCUGCAAAACGAGAAGAAGAAGACGCCAACCGGGAGGCGCAGAACCUUAUAGACAAGGGCGAACAAAACGCAGACGCGGUAUGGAGGGCCAACCACGCGCAGGUGGAUAGCGACUCUGAUCUACCAAAACGUAUCAUUCGUUCGUCGAGCAAUCCGUUAUCACCUGAUAAGAACGAUAUGACGGCCUUGAAUACAAAUCUGAUGAACAGAUUGAAACCGUUCAUGCACAAUCCAUCUGUUGACACUCCCGUCACACUCUUCUUUUACAAUGACCAGCAAAGCCAAUCGAGAACUACAAUAACCAACGAAUCGGGACAUUUCAAUACCAGAGCUGCUCUAGAUUUUGUUCCUACACAUCUGCGAGUCCUCGCCAACGAGUCUUUGUCCGUCACGGAUGAAGUCAAGAUCCUCGAGCCAACAGGUGUCAGCUUGAUUAGCGAUAUUGAUGAUACGAUCAAACAUACUGCUAUUACCAGUGGCGCAAGAGAAGUGUUUUGGAAUACUUUUCUACGAGACUUCAACGAUCUCACAAUCCAGGGAGUGAGAGAAUGGUAUGGCAAGUUAUAUGAUAUGGGAGUUGGGAUACAUUAUGUGUCCAAUUCUCCAUGGCAGCUUUAUCCGCAGUUGAAACUCUUCUUUAAGAUUGCCGGAUUGCCAAAUGGAUCUUUUCACUUGAAGCAGUACAGUGGUAUGUUGCAGGGAAUUUUUGAGCCUACUGCAGAACGAAAACGGAUGUCCCUGGACAAAAUCAUGCGAGAUUUUCCUAAGCGCAAGUUCAUUCUCGUCGGUGACAGUGGCGAGGCAGAUCUUGAAGUUUAUACGGAAUUGGUUCAACAGAACCCGGGCAAGAUCCUCGGCGUCUUCAUUCGUGAUGUUACAACAACGGAAAAGAAGGAAUUCUUUGACCAGUCGUUCGCUGCUCAGAGAUGGUCUGGCUAUUCUACACCUUCAUCGGAACCUGUUGAAAAGAAACCACCACUCCCGCCAAGGAAACCGUCAUAUGCGCAUACCAUCAACAAUGGCGAUUUGAUGACUUUUGAGGACAACUCUUUUGGUGAUGAUGUGAUGGAGCCAGCAGACAAGCCUACCGCAAAGGGACCCCCUAUUAAGCCUUCCAAACCGCUAGGUCUACGAACGGCAGCCACAAUGCCUAUACAGAAUAUAGAGAACUCUGCAGAUACUAUACGACGCAAACCUGCCCCGCCUCUUCCUAACAAACCAUUAAAUUUGGCGUCUACUUCGAGCGACUCAGAAAAGAAGCCACCUCCCCUACCACAACGCAAACCGGCAAAUGAGACCUAUACCGAGGCAGUGAAGAAUAUAGCGAUGGAAGUAUAUAACAACCUACCGUCUACCAAGGACACCUUGGGUUCAUUGAGCCAUCUAUCGUUCAAGCAUGAUACCUCAUCUACUCCGCCUGACACAUCGAAAUCCCUAUCAAAACGCGGCACGCCACCACCGGUCCCUCCAACACGUCGAGGCGCAGCAUCAACCAACGCAUCAAAUGCAGACGACCGAAAACCCAUCAACAACACUCCUCCCCCAGCCCCACCAUCGCGCCUACCAUCCCGCCAAAACACAUUCUCAAGCUUCACAAGUACAGCAACUACCCGACCAAACACCGCAAAUAACAACGCCAUCAAUUCCUCGGCCUACUACGACUACCCUGAACCACCAGCACCCGUCCUCAACAAGCGCGAAGAGUUGUGGAAACGGCGCUGGGAACGUGCACGGCAGAUACUGUCGGAUUAUGGUGUUUUGCUGGGUAGUUGGAGAGUUGGGAGUGAUGUGCAGGAUAUUACGGUGUGGCUUGUGGAGAAUGCCAUGAAAAAGGACAAGGAGAACGAUAAGAGGAAUGGGAAUGGGAUUGAGGAUGAGAAGGGUGGGAAGUGGUGA